CGAUUUAAAUCUAAGAAACCGUGAGGAAUAUCGGGCCACUGAUAUAUACUUCUGGAAUCUCCGGCGAUUUUGAAAGAAAUGGAAGCGAAAACCGGCGGAUGUAAGCAACAUCAGCUAUCAACACCGGCGAUAUCUGCAUCUACGCCUGCUCCACCGCCUUCAACGCGGCGGCCGAGGGUUAGAGUAGUGAGCUCGAGGUUCAUGUCUCCGGUUUCUUCUUCAUCUUCUUCCUCUUCAUCCGCCGGAGAUCUCCAUCUUUUAACUUCAAAUUCUCCCAAGCACAACCACCAUCAACAACACCAGAUUCAACGCUCGGUUUCUGCUCAGAGGCACAGACGCCAGUUAAAAAUGGCCGAAGGCGACGAGAAUCGCUCGCAAGACUCGCCUUUUACUCUCUCGCAAGGAGGAAAAACCAUGAAGCAAAGUCAAUCGAAGCCGCUCAAGGAGAAUUCGCAUCGGCUCGACACGCCAACGCCGAUUUUUCCCCCGCCGUCAAAAUCGCGGCUAAUCCAGGAGCGGUUAUUAACCGCCUCAGCCGCCACAAGGCUUCUCCAAUUAAGCGUCGCAUCGGCCUCUCAUGAGAAGGAAGGAAUCGACGGCUCAGAUCAAUUUCCGAAGCUUUCUUGUAGAACUCAUUCUAAAGUCUUCAAAGAUUACGUACCUUGUCCUCUUAAUCGAUCUCUGAGCUCACCAUUGUCGAGCUGCAACGGUCGUGAGAGCACUUCGUUUUCGCGGAUGGGCUUGUCUUUGCCUCCGGUGGCACCUAGUUCGAAGAUUCCGGCGGAAACUAAAAAGCAGAGGAAAGUCUCGGAGCAAUUAGAAGAUGUUCAUUCUCUGAAACUACUACACAAUCGUUACCUGCAAUGGAGGUUUGCCAACGCCAAUGCAGAAGUAAAGACUCGAGCUCAAAGAACACAAACUGAGCAUGCUCUCUAUUCCUUUGGUUUGAAGAUCUCAGAAUUAAAUGUUUCGGUGCAAAGGAAACGCAUAGAGUUUCAGCGUUUAUCGAGAGUUAAAGCUCUACUUGCUAUUACAGAAUCUCAAACUCCAUGUUUGGAGCAAUGGUCUGCGAUUGAAGAAGAGUACUCGGAUUCGUUGUCGCAAACAAUCCAAGCUUUGUCCAAUGCUUCAUUACGGCUUCCACUCGAUGCGGAUAUUAUGGUUGAAAAUAAAGACUUAGCAGAAGCACUUGUUGUUGCCUCCAAGGUUAUGGACGGCAUUGCACAAAAUGUUGGAGACUAUAUGUCAAAGGCAAAAGAGAUGGGGAGUUUGGUGUCAGAACUAGCAAGAGUGAGUAGUAGAGAAAGAUCAUUGACAGAAGAUUGUGUGGUCGAACUUCUAAAAACGCAGGCUUCACAGAUUGAAGAAUGUUUUCUGAGGAGUCAACUUAUCCAGAACCUCAAGAAGAAUCAUGUUAGUGAAGUCAACUCUUGUUAUCUUGGCAGAGAUUUAGUUGAAGCAGUGCAGCAUUGAAAAUUAUAUGUAUAGAUUCUAAUAUAGUUUUGAGUUUGUGCAUAGGAAACCAAAUUUCACAGAAAGAUUGAAAACUUAAUCAUAUAUGUAAGAAAUGCUUCAGAGAAUUA